AUGUCUCGCAGGACGGACCGAAAACAACGUCAGAAGCAACAGAAACAGUUGUCGCAAUCGUCACAGCCGUCACAGCCGCCGCCGCAGGAACAACAACAACAACAACAAGAGCCCCAAACACCACCAUGGCGACGCUCACCAAAUUUCACCAAGACGCUCGAGACCAUCGACGAAGGACACCAAACUGAGUUCAGACCCGCCAUAUUGCCUCAAGAGCCUCAGGAGGAGCACCCCUCCUCCAGAGCCCUCAGAACGACCAAGACGAUCCUAUUGCUAGAGUUCAUAAUUGGAUGCACAUUUGCAUGGGCAACCCACUGGCUGAUGCCGGAGGCUGCUAGAGCUAUGUAUUUGGCUCUCCAAGUCUUUGUGGCCGAGAUGGCGAAUCUAGUGAUGCGCCUCCCUUUGGAACUGAUGAUGCUUUUGCACCGCCUUUUGACUGGGAGGUGGAGUUUUCUCGAUUAUCUAGUCAUGAUAGUGCUGAUGAGCUUGCUGAUCGGUUACUUUGGCACGAGAUACCUUCUGAGACAAGAGCUAGCUCAAUACAAUCCCCACGGGGACGGUUACGUUUCUGAAGAGUCCGACGAAGAUACUUAUACAAUUGGAAUUGCAUCUGAGGACGAAAUAUCAGAGACUUAUUUUGCAAUGGCCGCUUGA